AUGCAAAUAUACAGCACUCCGGAUGUUAUUCCAAUGAAUUUUGAGAUAGAUGAGGACUCUAUAUCUGAACAUAGCUCAGACCCAGAAGGUCUAGAGCUUGAAAAGAAUAACAUUGAUGUUAAAAAUCUCAAUUGAAUUGAUUAUAAAAACUUAAUGCAGGAGGCUUACACUGCACAUUUUGCCAUGCUCGAAGAAAAAGAUGCAUGCAAAAAUCAGGCAGCAAAGUAUGGAAUAGAAACUACAAAAUCAGAAAUUGAGGAAAUUAAGCAGAAGUGGAUGAAUGACGAAGCUGAUGAUGACUGCCACAUCACCAUCAUUGCAAAUGAUAGAAAUGUAAACUCCGAUAUUUUCUUAUCACAUAACAAAGCCUUCAUUAAUUACAUUGACGGAAAGACUGUAAUUGAAAUCAGAACUCUCAAAGUGAAAUCUAUUGGGGAUAUUGAAAGCCUGAACAACUGCAUAAAGUGGGUAAUGUAUCAGUUAGGAAAAGACCCUAGAAGUAUGUAUAGCCCUGAAAAUAACCUUGAAUUGAGUCUCGAAUUGAGAAUAAGCACAAUUGAAAUACUUGAUCUAUCAUGUUGCAAAGGUAUUGAUAUGAAAGCUUUGUCUAAAAAUGCACCCAUUUUCAAAUGUCUGACUUCUUUCAUUCUCCAAAGAUGUAAUCUUAAAGAAGACCAUACUGAUUCUUUAGUUUCUUUGUUUGAGAAAACUCCUAGCCUGAUUUUCUUGGACAUUAAGCAUAAUUCAUUUGAUUUAUUGAAAAUUCUUGAAGCUCUCCAUACACUUCCUGAACUUGGAUACCUGCUGGUUGAUGGAAAUCCGAAGCCUAAGAAUUUUCUUGAAGAAGUGAAAAAGCUAGACAUACAUAUCUAGCUCCUCAAAAUAAAUGGCCGGUUACUUUUUGAGGCCAAAGUAUACUUGAAACAGUUGAGGCAAACUUAUAUUCUGAUCAACAAU